ACGUGAAAUUGAAAUCUAUAAAUAAGCGGUGUCUGUUGAGGCUAUCCUCAGUCAAGUUUAGCGUAAUUCGUUCUUUUCUGCUUUGUUUGGUGGGCUAUUAUAAUCUUCUAGUCUUUCUUCCCCAAAGAUCAAGAACAUGUCUUCUAAUGGUGAUCAAUCGUCUGUUCUUAGCAAACCCAGAUUGAUUAUCCAGAGGGUCAUUCCCAAUACUCAAAAUGAUGGUGAUGGAGCUAUUGUUAGAAGAAGCAUUGGAAGUAUGGAAUUGAGGCGUUUGGAUCCAUUCCUCAUGUUGGAUGAGUUUGUUGUUACUGUUCCUGCUGGAUUCCCUGAUCAUCCUCAUAGAGGUUUUGAGACUGUCACAUACAUGUUGGAGGGAGCUUUCACUCAUCAAGAUUUUGGAGGAAAUAAGGGAACAAUCAGAACUGGUGACGUACAGUGGAUGACUGCUGGUAGGGGUAUAGUGCAUUCAGAGAUGCCUGUUGGUGAAGGGGUCAACAGGGGUUUGCAGCUUUGGAUCAAUUUGUCAUCUAAAGACAAAAUGAUUGAGCCAAAAUACCAAGACUUGCUUAGGGAAGACAUCAAGAUAGCAGAGAAAGAUGGGGUUGAGGUCAGAAUUAUUGCAGGAGAAUGCAUGGGUGUUAAGUCUCCAGUAUUCACCAGGACACCAGCAAUGUAUCUUGAUUUCACCCUGAAACCUGGAGCUGAGUGGCAGCAAAGCAUACCUGAGUCAUGGAAUGCCUUUGUGUAUGUGAUUGAAGGAGAGGGUGUGUUUGGAUCCUUGGACACCUCACCACAACAUGCUCACCAGCUCUUGGUUUUGGGUUCAGGUGAUGGGCUGUGUGUAUGGAAUAAGUCAAGCCAACAAUUCAGAUAUGCUUUGAUUGGAGGGCAGCCUCUGAAUGAACCCGUUGCUCAGUAUGGACCCUUUGUGAUGAACACACAAGCUGAGAUCCACAAGGCCUUUGAGGACUAUCGUUUCCACAAGAAUGGCUUUGAAAAGGCUAGGGAUUGGAGUUCUCAAUCAAGCCUAAAGAUGAGAAAUUUCAAGAAACAGAGCAAACUAAUUUAG